AUGGCCUUGUCCAGCUCGCCAACAGUAUCGUGCAAAGUGGUGCUGGCGAGUGCUAUCGCCAAGGCAUUGCUGGUGGAGGUGACAGCAGAUCUGCAAAAACUGCACCGGAUCCCACGGCUACACGGCUAUCUGGCUAAUAAGGAUCCCGCUGCACGAAUGUAUGCGGACUGGACUGCGAAGACGACUCGAGAACAUGGUUUCGAAUUUACGCUACACGAGGUCGAUCGUGAGGAUUUGGAGGACCAAGUUCGUGUUGCCAAUACAGAUGGUGACGUCGAUGGCAUUAUUGUGUACUACCCAGUAUUUGACACAAGACGAGAUCAGACGAUCCAGUGGACAGUCAGCAUGUUCAAGGAUGUCGAAGGUCUUUCACCACAGCUCAUAAGUAAUAUGUACCAGAACAUUAGAUAUCUGGACUCGCCGAAUAACACUCAGAAGUCAAUACUACCCUGCACGCCACUGGCCAUCAUCAAGAUCCUGGAGUAUCUGCACAUGUAUAAUCCAAUCCUGGACUAUGGCAGACGGCUUCACGGCCGUCGUAUCACUGUCAUCAAUCGUAGCGAGGUGGUCGGCCGACCACUUGCUGCUUUGCUAGCAAAUGACGGAGCUGAAGUCUACAGCGUGGAUGUCACCGGUGUGCAAGAAUUCAGUCGAGGCAGCGGGCUUACGAAGCAGAAGCACGAAGUCCGCGAGAUGGAGGGCUGGGGUCUCGAACAGUGUUUAUCCAUCAGCGACGUGGUUAUCAGUGGUGUGCCAGGCGACAAGUACAAAGUACCUACUCACUUGAUCCGUGAAGGUGCUGUGUGUAUCAACUUCUCGAGCGAAAAGAACUUCACCCCGGACGUGAAAGAAAGGGCUUCCAUCUACGUGCCUGCCAUUGGAAAGGUCACGAUAGUAAUCUUGCUUCGCAAUCUGCUGCGCCUUGCCAGCAAUCGCCCAGAAAACGAUAUUCUGCCCUGA